AUGACCUGUUUCUCCUUUUAUAGGAGCUUGCGAAACAACACCUUAACAUUCCCUACAACAGAUGGUCUCAGUCUUGGUGAAGGUCGCUGCCUACUGGAUCGGAAGGGGGGACCCGAAACCCCAAUCAGCAGACGCAACCGCAUGCAAGAGCCAUCAAGUGAACCACAUCCUAAAACCAUUUGUAUCCUUCACCCAUUUCCUAAUAGAACACCGGCUGCAUCCACUCCAUCACAAUCAGAGGGGUCAGCAGCCAAUGUCACUGUCCGCGAGACAACUAGAUCGUGCCAAUAA